GGCGUGAGGUUUAAAGAUGGGCAAGAAGGGCGGAAGCAAAGGUGUGGGCAGGAAAGGUGGAGGAGGUCGGCGCAAGAAGCACAAGAUGGACCUCGAGGAUCUGUGGCAUCAAUCCAAGGCCAUCAAGGACGCACACAAGGACAGGAAGACGCAGAUCAGCAAGGACAAGAAGACCAAGAAGCAGAAAGCAAGCAGGGAUGAGUCUCCCAGCAGCCAUGACCACGAAGCUGCUCAGCCGAGUCGGAUGCAUGAAGCCGAGAAAGGGGAUGACGAGAGAUGGCUGGAGGCUCCCCCAGGCCCUUCUGGUGCGUUCGCCUCGCUGAUGGCCUCCCUGCAUCUACCGACAGACGCAGGCAGGAAGGCCAAGAAACGGGAGAGAACUAUCGAGGCCGAGCCGGGCGGUGGUUUGGAUGACAGCCCAACAUAUGACGUGGUCAUGGCUGAGGAGGGGGAGGGGCAAGAAGAUGAGGGAGACGAGGGGCCGUCGGCUGACAUCACGUCGAGCGAGCGGGAAGCCGAGGAGCAGGCGGACCUGCUGCAGGAGGCCCCGCUGCCUGACGACGAUGAGGCUGUCGAUGACGAUGAUGACGAGCAAGAAGACGGCCCCUCGCCUGCCUCCGUUCUCGACUUCUCAUCUUCCUUCGACGCUGAGCUGUCGCCAUCCGACCUCUCCCAGGCAUCUGCAGUGGGUGACAAGCCCACUCGUCUCCAUCCACCUCACUUCGGCCCGUUCCUAUACCCUCGCCCACCCCCCUCCCACCUCACCAAGCUGAUGCAGACCCCGCCCCACCCGUCCCUCUCCUCGUCUGUGCAUGGGAUCCCCCAGCCGAUACUCGAGAGCUUCCACCAGCUGUCGACCCCGGCUGGCGGCGCCGACGACACUCUUAGCGAGCAGGACGCGGGAUUCUUCCACUUCAUGAACGGCUAUGUCGACGUGCUGCAUGCCAACCACGACCACACGACGAGCCGGUCUAUACGGCAGCUCUACUGCCUGCACGUGACCAACCACCUGUUCAAGUGCCGGCAGGGGAUCCUGCGCAACAAUGCGGCGCUGAGCAGGGCCGUCAAGGGGGGCGGGGAAGCGGUCGAUCCGGCGGGCGAGGACCGAUUUCGCGACCAGGGGUUCACUCGCCCACGUGUGCUGAUUCUGGUGCCGUUCAAGAGUGUGGCCAAGGAGGUGGUCGAGACGAUCCUCAAGCUUUACCCACACAAGAAGCAGGUGGGUAGAGGGGAGAGGCGAAGACGGCGGUGCAUCGGUGCCGAUGAGCAUGUCCGUGUCCUGUGGUUUGUGCCUGCCUUCAUCAGGUGAUGCACCGGCAUCGGUUCGAGGAGGACUUCAGCGCCGAGGAUGGGGACGAGGAAGGCAAAUUCUGGCAGGUACGCCGAUGGCAAUCUCUCUGUCUGUGCCCGGAUGCAUCACCUCUUUCUGUGUCUGUGUCGUCAGGACCGGCACAAGCCCCCUGACUACAUCGACAUCUUCAAGGGCAACCAGUCUGACCGUUUCCGCCUCGGCAUCAUGUUCCUCAAGACCGGCGUGCGGCUCUACGCCCCCUUCUACUCGGCCGACAUGAUCGUCGCCUCGCCCCUGGGGCUGAGACUCAUCACCGGCGCACAGGUGAGAUGAGAGGGGGCAGCGAGCUGACGACAUUCAUUCUCGGCUGUGUGUGGUGUGUGCAGGGCGAGAAGGACACUUCUCGCGAGUAUGACUUUCUGUCGUCCAUCGAGUUGGUGGUGAUCGACCGUGCUGACGUCCUCAAACAGCAGAGCUGGGAGCACGUCGAACACGUCAUGCAGGUCCGUGUGUGGCGUGUGUGGGUGUGUGCACCCCACACAAUCACACACGCACACGGACUGGUGCUGGCAUACAUGGGUGGAUCAGGCGGUCAAUCUGAAGCCUAAGGCCCUUCACGACCUCGACAUCCGCCGUCUGCGCCCCUCCUACGCGGCUGGACGGGCAGCCAACUACCGCCAAAUGAUUGUCACGUCGUAAGCACAGUCUGCCCGUCCGCUUGCUCGACUGGCCAUCUCAUUCAUCGGGUGCGGCUGGUUUGUGUGUCCUCUGUGUUGUCAGUGAUGGGAUGAAUGUCGAGUCGACGGCCCUCCUGGCGUCAUCGUGCAACUAUCGCGGCCACGUCAAGCUGCUCGUGCCGUCCACCGGACAGCCGCUCGCACGCGCAGCAGCAACAGGUACGUAAGACAAAAUGCGAUCCUCUCGUGAGGCGUUCGUAUCGUUUUGUUCUCUUUCCUUGGCUUGUGCAGGGGUGCGUCAGCUGUUCCAGCAGGUGCCCUGCAGCGAUGUCAACGAGGCGCCCGAGGUCAGCUGAGGCAGGAUGGACAGGCAUCAGCGACAGACAGACUGGAUAUCUCCUCCCUCCUCUCUGUGUGUCUGUCGAUGCAGAGGAUGCUGCAUUGGCUGGAGAAGAAGGCCUACCCGACGGUGAUCAGCACCCUGUCGCAGCUCAUACUCGUGGUGCCCUCAUACGUCGAGUUCGUCAGGUAGAUCACUUGCCCACACUCGCAUCACCACUGCUUGACAUUACUUGACUCACAUGUCUGUCUGUGUGUCUAUCGAUCAGUGUGCGCCAAGUGCUUCGGUCACUGGACGCCGAGUUCUGUGCCUGCCACGAGUACUCUUCCAAGAGGGCCAUAUCGCGGGCGAGAGCCUUCUUCGCUCAAGGCAAGCACUACCCGAAUGACUGAUCAACUGUCGUCUGCCUCUGUGUGGCUCUGUGUGGCCAGGCCGCAUCAAGCUGAUGGUGGUGUCGGAGCGGUGGCUCUUCUACCGCCGAUAUCGCCUCGCGGGCGCCGCCCACCUGCUUUUCCUCGGACCCCCCGAGCGGCCGGCCAUCUACUGCGAGUUGAUAGACGGCCUCAGCAACCACUCUCAGGCGCUGGUGCUGACGUACUUCACUGCGGCCGACUCGAUGUCGCUGGAGCGGCUGUGUGGGCCCGUCAAGGCACGCAAGAUGAUCAAGGGGCCGCCACAGAAAGUGUUCGCAUUCACAUGAUGUGACGUGACUGACCGUGUGACUGUGGAGGAAUGGACUGUUUGCUUGGUCUGUGAUCAGAAUCUGUUUGAGUGAUCAAUGCGUGUGUGAACGUGUCAAUCAUCACAACGGAUUGCAAAUGACACUCAAAAGAUCCAUCCUGCC